AUGACAGUGACUCAACUACCUCUUGUUGACUUUGGCCUUUUCUUGCAUGGAAACGAAGAUCAACGGGAACAAGCCGCAAAGCAGCUAGUUGAAUCUUUUGUGAAUCAUGGAUUUGUUCGUUUGAAAAACCACGGGAUAUCUCGAGACUUUGUGAAACAGAUCUGGCACUGGGACCGGGCAUUUUUCCAGCUGCCGGAUGAGGUGAAAAUGAAGAUCGUGCAUCAUCCAGGCUCAAAUUUGCAACGAGGGUGGUGCCGGAAAGGUACAGAAACUACGUCGAAAUUACACAAGGAGAAUGCAGAGAACUCACCCAAGGGAAAAGGCGAAUUGCUUGAUGAGAAGGAGCAUUUUGAUUGUGGCCCUCGCGGGGAUAGCGAGUUUCCUAACAAAUUUCCCAGCGAAGGAGAUCUUCCGGGCUUUAAGGCAUUUAUCGAACAGUACUUCGACAUCGCACAGGAGGUUUCUCGUCAUAUCAUGAGGGCAUGCGAGGUCGGAUUCGGGAUGCCCAGAAACUCGCUUGUGGAGCGAUGUAUACCCUCAGCAUCGGAGCUUCGAAUGCUUCACUAUCCUCCUGUAUCUGUUGAGAGACUUCAAACCGGAACAAUCAAACGGGCCUGGCCGCACACCGACUUUGGAAUCAUUACACUUCUUUUCCAAGACAGUCUCGGUGGUCUCGAAUUUGAAGAUAGAAACAAACCAUUUACGUUUGUGCCUAUUAUUUCAUCUGAUGAGAACGAGCUGAUUGUCAACACGAGUCAAACUUUCCAACGCUGGACUAAUGGUGUUGUCAAGGCCGGCCUUCACCAGGUGAAUGUUCCACCUGAGCUGCGUACCGCUAAAGAAGGCUACAUCCCCGCACGUUAUUCGUCCGUGUUUUUCUUGAAAGCGCACCGAGAGGUCUCAGUUGGACCAAUCGAUCAGUUCGUGACGGAGGAGAGGCCCCCGAUGUACCCAAAUAUCACCGCACUCCAGUACCAGCAAGAGAUGACAGAGAUUCUGUAUUAG